AUGGUCGUCAUAGGAGGUGAUCAAGAUAUGCCAGUGGCUGCUCCAGAAGAGCACGAAAAAGUGGUCACAGUUUGUGGUGAGCUCGUGAGAUCUUUGGAUGCCAACGGAAAAGAGAUGGUCAUUCGUCGAGAGGUAUCUGUGACAGAGACUCGUGAGAGCAGGGAUACCAGUCUCAAAGUGGAGAUACCAUCAGAACAAGAGAUCGAGCUACCGGUGAUCGUACAUGAUAAACCAAAAUUGAUCAAGCAAGAAGUUUCUGUUGUGGAGCCUCUCGAACUUCAGGAAUCCGUGGAAUCAACUGAGUUAUCUGUGACGUCCAAGGAAAGCACAGAACAACUGCCAAGCAAGGACUCCCUGGACUCACCGUCGGGAAGCACAUCUCGCGCCGGCUCGUCGGUGUCGGCUACCGCGAGUCCGAUGCAUCGGAACACGACAUCACAACAUGGUGGACUGUUCGUUUCGGCUCCCGGAAAAAUUAUUUUGUUCGGAGAGCACGCCGUCGUGUAUGGAAGGACCGCAAUCGCCGGAUCGAUUGAUCUUCGCACCUACGUUUCGCUGUACACAUCGGCAGACGGACGCAUUUAUUUGAGUCUUCCAGACCUUGGCGUCGAAAAGACAUGGAUGCUGAAAGAUUUGUUGAAAGCGGCGGAUCGUCUUGCCGCAGAAUAUCCGAUCGAGGAAGAUCAACCACCAUCACUUGAGAUUCUGGUACCGAUCGCCAGAAAAUUGUCGGGUUCGUGUGAGGAUCAGUGUGGUGUUCAACAUCUCGCAAUUCUCGCAUUUUGGUAUUUGUUGCUCGGAGUUGCACAUCGCAAGAGUGGACUCUCACGUCUGGCUCGUGGUCUUCCUGCUCCACCACUACCCGAAGGUCUUCAUCGAACAAAUCUCUCAGUGAUCGGAGCCACUUCUGCGCAGCCUGAAAAAUCUGAGGCCGAGAUUGCGUUGAGCCUUCCGGUACCACCGCUGACUCCACUACCAUCACCAGGAGCUCAAUCGACUGCUCCACCAGUGUUCCCAACGAGCACACCAACUCCAACAUCGACACCAACACCAUUGUUGCCUGGAAACCUGAGAGCCGAUAGUCCAGCUGUUCAACAAGAUUUGCUCGCAGUCAAGGCCACAGUCCGAUUCAAGCUUCCAAGCUGUGUUGGAUUAGGAUCAUCUGGAGCAUAUUGUGUAUGCAUCGCUACAUCACUUCUUCAAACUGCUGGUCUCAUUCCACCACCAAGUAUUGUCGCCGACGAGCAAGGCAAUUUAACAUGGGAAGAAGAUCAUUUGGACAUUAUUCGAAAGUGGGCAACUGCCGCCGAAUCUCUUAUUCACGGACGUGCAUCGGGUUUAGACGCGGCUGUCUGCACUUUUGGCAGCCACUAUCGUGACUACGGAUAUCAGAGUUUUACGCAUCUCGGUUACGUGGGAUGCUUUGGAGGAGUUGCCAGCUUCAAGCCGGGACACAGAAUUGAGCAUCUUAAAAAUUUACCCGAUCUUCGUGUUAUUCUUGUAAAUUCGAAAGUUGAAAGGAAUACGGCAAGAAUGGUACAAACAGUGAAAGAACGAUUAAAGAAGUUCCCAGAAGUUGUUGAUGCAAUGUUUGGAUCAAUUGAUGCUAUUUCACUUGAUGCUGCAAAGAUUCUACAUCGUCCGUUGCUUGAGGAGAAUGGUGGUGGAGAUACUGGAUCUACAGUACAGGAAAAUGGCCUAGGACCAUUUGGUGGAAAUAUGGUAGAACAGGAUCAUCACUCCCUUCAGCCAACACGAACAGCAUCGGUACGAUCAUCAUCACUUUCAUCGUAUGUUGGCGGUGGAAAAAGGAAUUCGUCGGCUUCUGUAAUCUCCGCAACUUCAGAAAAAGGAGAAAAUGUGGAUACAUUCAGCAAGCUUAAUGAUCUAUGUCGGAUAAACAAUCAAUUGCUCAUUGCAUUGGGUGUUGGCCAUCCAAAAGUUGAUCUCAUUUGUACGACAUUGGCUAGAUAUGGAAUACAUCCAAAAAUGACGGGUGCUGGUGGUGGUGGAUCAGUUUUUGCGUUCUUGAAGCCAAACACGCCACAAACUCUUCUCGACAUGAUUGACGGCGAGCUUCGCAGUCAUGGAUUUGAAGUUUGGCAGCCACCACUUGGCGGACCCGGAGUUGUUGAACAUCAGACACGUCCUGAGCUCUUCCAGACGCCCGUUUCGUCAACACAGUGCUCAACGCCGGCUUCAAAACAUAAAUGAUGACGUCAUUAUUUGUUAAAUCUGCCCCCAUCAGCUCCCCCCAGUGUGUGAUAUUUUCCGUUUUUGGAAGAAGAAUAAGAAGUUUCAGUGUUUUGUUCUCUAUUGGGUAGCCGAGAUAUGAACAAGUCGUCGUUUAUAAAAGUCAACUCAGAAUACAAGUUUUUUUGGAUUUUUUUUGUUUUUUUUUAAAUCUUUUAAAUUUUGUUUUGUAGCCUAUUCUCUCCGUCUCUACCAUUACCUUUAUUCUUCAUACCUUGAUUUGUGUGUUGUAGGAAUUAUUAUAUAUUCUAUUGGUUUAUAUUUUUCUAAAUAUUUUAUGUUAUUCCUCUCAAGUCAACAAAAAAAACAAAGAUUACCCACCAAUUGCGCCCAUUCCCAUCAAAAAUUUCUACUUUUCUAUUAUUCAAUACAAUUUUUAUAUGAAAUCCCUGAAACCCCCCGCUCAUUUUUCAUCUUGAAACCUUCCCGUUCGAAAGCUAUAAUUCAAUUUUAUUUAGUGUUAGAAUAUUUUUUAUAAACUGAUAAAUUCUCAUGUUUUUGUUAAUGUCCCUUUCAUAAAUUCAGUGUGUUACGAUUAGGGCCCCUCAUAGAUGUUUUUUCACCUUCCCUUCAUUUUCAACAACUCUUUCAUUUCCAAUUUAUGGAAACCGACCCAAAAUUAUUAUUUUACAUAAAUCAUCUGCAAAAAAACUUAAAAUAUAAAAAUAAGAAAUUACAACUUUUCUGCAGAAAAGUUGUAAUUUUUUUUUUCUUGUUAUUUAAAGUUAA